AUGGCCAACCUCUCUAAUGUGAUAGAAUUGGGUAAGAGUAGUGAAGAGAAGAAAGAAGCACAAGAAUUAGAAGAUGACGAAAGUUUCUCAUAUGCUAUGCCACUUUGCAACUUUAGUGUGUUCCCAAUGGCACUUCAAUCUACAGCUGAGCUUGGCAUUUUCGAUGUAUUGCAAAAAGCCGGUAAAGGUGCUCAAUUGUCGGCCGAAGAGAUUACGGCCCGUCUUUCAUGUAACAAUCCGGAUGCUCCUAAAAUGUUGGAUCGCAUUCUUUCUCUUCUUGCCUCACAUGAUGUGUUGAAGUGUUUGGUGUUUCAAGAUCAACAAAAACUUGAAUCCUUUCAUAGACUUUAUAGUAUGGCUCCUGUUGCUAAAUCUUUGCUCCUAAUUCUGAUGGUGUUUCAUCAGGACCAUUGUUGUCUUUCUUGCAAGAUAAGGUUUUAUUAG